AUGGUGUCUAUUACAAAAGAAGUUGUUAAAUAUGUUCAUAACAUUUUUGUCCUAGGUAAAAAUGAAGCGGCAUUGCAUGAAGGAAAUGUACUGAGCAGUGAGGAACAGGCACAGGAAGAGGUGCCUCGGGUGCCCUGUAUUUCUGAAAACCUACUGUGUGAACAAAGCAGGUCUAAUGAAAAAUUAAGUUCUGGAGAAGAGAGUAAUCAAUGUGAUACAAAACCUUCACAGCAAGCAAGGGUAUCCCUCAGGAACCCAAAGCCAAACCCAACAAGAGCUCAUAGAAAAAGGGGUCAUUCUGAAGAAGAUAGAAACAGAAGAGACGAAGACAAUACUGAGACUAGAAAUACAGAAGAGCAUUUGUUAGAAAAAACAGGUGUAUCAGUGGAAAACUCCAGUAACACAGAAGAAGCAGCUUCCUUCACAGAGUCUACAGGAAAACAUGAUUUUAUAGACUCUGUUGAGAAACCAUCCUGUAAAAGAAUCAGGCAGAAUAGUACUUUACAGUCUCCAGAGAUACCAUUAGAGAACAAGAGUCAAAUAGAACAAGAAGAUACUCAGCUUUCUGCACCUCAGCAAAAAAAAUCAGACGAUCAGACAAGACAAUAUAGGAAGUCAUCAAAACAGACAGCAUUACCAAAACAUGGACUGGAGAUAAGAACUGCUUCAUCUUCUGCCUCUGAAUGUGAGGCUGAUUGCUGUGAGAAGGGGAAUCAAGGACAAGAAUUGAAAUCAAGUGUUACCAGAGGCAAAAGCAUGAGAACUGCCCACAGAAAGAAACCUGUGAAGGAGCAGAGAAGUUCAAAAACAAGCAGCCUGGUGACCCUCCGGGCUUCUCAAGAAGAUGAGGAGGAAGCAGAUGAUGUUGAGCCUGAUGAUGAAGAUGAAUAUUUUGCUCUAGAGGAAGUAAACAAAGCACCAGUGUUUGUUCCUGUAGGUCUUAGAUCUCCUAAGCCUACUCCUAUUCAGAUAGAGGAAACAAUGGAAGAGCUGGAUAUAUCUGUGAAUAUCCCAGAUGUGCUGGUGACUAGUAAUGUAGAAGGUCUUUCUCAGAUAUCUGUCCAGCCAGACAUACUGGAGGAGGAAAAAGGAAACACCUUACCAGCUAAAGCAGAAAACUGUGAAGUUCUGCAGCCAUUGGAGUCCUUAGGAAGAGAAAAGUCAGUUGGCCCUCAGGAUGCUUCUGAGAGCUCAAGUUUUAAGCCCCCAGACACACCUUCCGAAUCAGAGUAUGGCAAAUUGGAGGCUUGUCUACCUGUAGAUAACCAAAAUGAGACCUCAAGUACUAAUGCUGGUAAUUGGAGCCCUAUUGUGUUGAUAGCAAAAGUUGCCAACACAGAAACUACAAAUAAUCAAGAUGAUCCUAAGGAGGCCAGAAUUUCUGAUGCAGAAACAGAAGCAGAUACUGUGACAGCUGAGAAGGAGAAUAAGGAAUCACUGGGCGUUUCUGAAGAGGCAGAAGAACAAGUUUCAGUAGAGGCAGCAUUAGUGAAUAAAAAAAGAAAAAGGAAGAGAAAAGAUGAUCUUGAACAAGAAGUGGAAAACCAUCCAGAAGAGUUGCCUGUCCCUUCAAAAAUCCUUGAAGAAGGGAAAUCAUCUAAGAAAAGAAAAAAAAUGGUCAGUGAUACAAAUGCUACUGGUCAUACUGUCUGCAGAGAAGACCUGGGCAGUGUUACUGAAGAAGAAAAAGAUGAUCUACCUGCUAAAGAGGAGGAGAGAUCACUCUCCUUUUUAUCAAUGGAUGACAUAACAGAGAGAGAAAGUGAUUUCAACUUAUGCAGCUUUCAAGAUAGCAGUGAUGUUAAACUAGCAUUGGAACCUACUAAUCUAGGAAGCCUGGAUAUCACAGGUGAUGCAUCACAGGAAAUUCAGCUUUCAGAUUGUCCAGUUUCAAGAACUAGAAGUAAAGAAAAACAACUUGAAGAAGUUAGAGAAACAACAAAUGCAGACACACGUGGUUUACAUAAACCAGAGGAAAAGCAGAAUGCAUCAGAAAGUGAUUCUCAGUCUCAAGUAAUGAAAACUGAAAAGCCAGCAGAGAGGAGGCGCUUGCAAAAACCUAAACCCAAUAUAAUGAAGUUAUCUGGUAAGAAAGAAGCAGUAAGCCAGGAGAAAAUGGAGGCUGAGACUUCCUCUCCAAAACUUGUGAAUACUACUGAAAAGUGCUCUGAGGAAGACAGUGGAGCAAACAGAAGUGAAAUCACAGAAGCAGAAAGCAUGGAUUUGGGUACUACUUCUGAGUCUAAUGAAACAGCUGGUUCACUAGAAGACAGCAAAAAGAGCGUGCUGAAACCAGCGCCUUUAAAAAGGGGCCGAAUGCAGAAACCAAAACCAAAUCUAGGAAGAUCUGUUGCAUGGAAAAAAGAUCACAGACAUGAAAAAGAUCCUGAAGAGGAGAAGGUUGAAGGUGGAGAAGCUGAAGGACAUGUGAUACACCAUGUGAGUGAAAGCAAUGAUUCAUGCUGCAAAAAUGAUAUGGCUGGUGCUCCCAAGAAAAGUCCGCAGAAGCUAAAAGCUGUGGAAAAUGAAAAAGGAUCUUCAGAUGUCUUGAAAGAUGUUUCAGAUUUCAAAACAGGGGAAUCUGGUCCUGAGAACCAAGAAGUCAAAACUGUUAUUUCUUCAGCUCCGUUACUGAGGAGUCGGUUCCAUAGACCUAAGCCCAAUUUCAGAACAACUAGUAGAAAAGAAGUGAUGGAUAUAAAUAAAGGUGUAUCACAAGAGGAUACCAACAAGAAAGAAAGUUUGAUGCAGAGCAGUCAUGAAUGUUGCAUCCUUCUUGAUACAGAUAUAGUCCUUAAGCAGAUAAUGAACCAGAUGUGCUCACGUUUCCUAUUCCUUUACUAUGGAUAUGAUCACCUGCAUAUGAUGUGGUUAAAUCUAGCAGAUGAUUGA